GUGCCACCACGGGGGUGACAUUGAUGCCCAUCAGCACCUUGCGGUCGAUGUCCUCCAGUUCCAUGUUGCUGUACUUCACCUCCCGGUAUCCCCAGUGGGCAUGCAGCAUCCAGAGGACAGCACUGCAGCCAAAACCCAAAAUCAACCCUGGAUUGUCCUGCAGAUGGUGGAUAUGGGCCAGGAGGAUCCUGCACCAAGGCAGGGGCUGCUCAGGGCUGGGCUCCAUUCCCCCAAGCGCAGAAGCACUUUGGGGUGAAUCCGUGCCCCCUAUACUUAGGGGUACUCCUUGGGAUUUGGGAGCAGCACCACCCCGCCGUUCUGGCACAGUGCAUGGGGCAGGGCUGCUGCCUUCCUGUUUACAAAGCAGCGUCAUUAAUUAGGGUGUGUGGGGAGCUAGAGUGAGUGGAGGGGAGGUGGGUGUGGGGUGAGCUUGGGGCUUGUUCCAGUAAUGAUGGGGUGGAAGCGGGCAUAGGGAUGGCAUUGUGUCCCCAUGGGGUCUGCUGAGUCCCCUGGAUUAGAGGUGGCUCUGGGAAGCAGAGUGAGUGGUUUCUGUGGGGUAUCUGUGGGUCAGGGCUCACAGUGAUGGCUUGGUUGUUCCCCAGCCCCACUAUCCCACUGGGAGGUCCUGCUCCCAUCCCAACAUCAGACACAUGGAGGCGGGGUGCUCUCUCCCUACUGCCAACCCCAUGGAGGCGGGGCAUCAUCCUGCCCACCCCUGGACAUGUGGCCAGGCCACCUGCCCCACAGCAUUUAUGAGGGCCACCCUGAGCUUCGGCAGUGCCAACCCAGCUUCGUGCUCUUCCAGCCACCGCUCAGCCCCACAGGGCCCGUGUAAACCAUGCAUCAGCCCCUCCAGCUUCCUGUGCAGCAGCCCCCAGGCUAUGGUAAGAGCAGCCUACUGAGCAACAGUGCCAGUGCAGCUGGUGCCAUCCCGAAAGGGUCAGCGGUCUGCAGCACUGUGAGCGGGAACCCCUAUGCGGGGCUGGUGAGCCACCUGCGGGCAGCCUGGCUCUCGGGGAAGACACGGCCCUUGGAGUACCGUGUGGCACAGCUGGAGGCCCUGGGCCGCUUCCUGGAGGAGAAGAAGCAGGACAUCCUGGAGGCCACCGCCUUGGACAUGGGCAAGCCAUCCUUUGAGGCCUAUUUCACUGAGAUUCUCCUCUGCAAGAAUGAGCUCAAUGACACCCUCAACAAUUUGUCUCACUGGAUGAAGGACGAGCACGUGGACAAGAACCUGGUAACACAGCUGGACUCAGCUUUCAUCCGCAAGGACCCCUAUGGGGUGGUGCUCAUCAUCGCACCCUGGAACUACCCCAUCCACCUCUUCCUUGUACCUCUCAUCGGUGCUAUUGCUGCUGGUAACUGUGUGGUCAUCAAACCCUCAGAAAUAUCCAAGAACACUGAGAAGCUUGUGGCUGAAAUGCUGACCUGCUACCUGGACAGCGACUGCUUUGCCGUGGUGACUGCUGGUGUGGAGGAGACCACCAGGCUGCUGGAGAACAAGUUUGACUACAUCUUCUUCACCGGCAGCCCCUCAGUGGGCAGGAUCAUAAUGACAGCUGCCGCCAAGCACCUGACACCGGUGACGCUGGAGCUGGGGGGCAAGAACCCCUGCUACGUGUCCGACACCUGCGAUGUGCAGAACGUGGCCCGGCGGGUGGUCUGGGGACGCUUCUUCAAUGCGGGGCAGACCUGCAUUGCACCCGACUAUGUCCUGUGCAGCGUGGAGAUGCAGGAGAAGCUGAUGCCUGCUCUGCGUGAGGCCAUCACCGAAUAUUUUGGUUCCAACCCACGGGAGUCCCCUGACUUUGCCCGCAUUGUGGGGGAUAAACAGUUCAAGCGCGUGCGGGCGCUGCUGAGCAGCGGUCGUGUGGCCAUCGGGGGACAGACGGACGAGAAGGAGCGCUACAUCGCCCCUACAGUACUGGCAGAUGUGCAGCCCUCUGACCCUGCCAUGCAGGAGGAGAUCUUCGGGCCCAUCCUGCCCAUUGUCGUUGUGGCCAACAUGGAUGAAGCCAUUGACUUCAUCAAUGCACGGCCCCGGCCAUUGGCCAUCUACGCCUUCUCCUGUGACAGCAAGGUGGUGAACCAAGUGCUGGAGAGGACGAGCAGUGGGGGCUUCUGUGGCAAUGACACCCUGAUGCACGUGACGCUGACCUCGCUGCCCUUCGGUGGUAUUGGAAACAGUGGUCUGGGGAAAUACCAUGGCAAGUUCACCUUUGACACCUUCAGUCAUCACCGUGGCUGCCUGCACCGCAACAUGGGCCUGGAGGCUAUCAACUCCCCGCGCUACCCACCCUACACCCAGCAGAAGCUGGGGCUGAUGACUGCUGCCUUUGAGAUCAAGCGCAAGGGCAUGUGCACCCUGCUCUGAGCAAGGCCCCGUGCCACAUAUGGACUGACCAGGACCCAACCCAUGCUACAUCUUGUGUUGCACUACCAUCCUGAUGAAUGCUGGACAGUGGGGACUGACCCCUCCUGUGUGCCUGCUUCUCUCCAGCUUCCUGUGCACAGGGCUGUGUGCUGUGACACAUCUAAAAUAAUCUUGUUCUCACCCCACACUUCUCCUGGUAGAGCAAUAGUGCUUUGGUUACUCAGGACCAGCAAUUAGCCCUAUCUCAUCUCUGAUUAGCUGACCUUUCCUUCCAAUACUCUCCUGCUAGCUGUUGCUUUUUUCUGUGUGUAACUCUGUCCUCAGUAAAGACUUUGCACUGAGCUCUG